AUGGGUAGUGCUGCACUAAGCAUAAUUACAGCUAUUUUAGGUGUGGAGUUCAUAUUUGGAAACAUGAGCAAUGGAUUCAUAGUCCUAGUAAAUAUCACUGAGUGGGUCAGGAGAAGAAAAAUCACUUCUGUCGAUCAACUCCUCACUGCCUUGGCAAUCUCCAGAAUUUGCCAGCUCUGGACAAUAUUCUUGAUUAAGUUGCUCUCUGUGUAUUUUCCACCUGUGCUUUGGACCAAAGGCGUAUGUAAAAUGUCUAGCAUGACCUGGAUAUCAGCCAAUCAUUUUAGCAUGUGGUUUGCUACAAGCCUCAGCAUCUUCUAUUUUCUCAAGAUAGCCAAUUUUUCCAACUCUACUUUUCUCUACCUGAAGUGCAGAGUGGAAAAGGCGAUCUCAGGGACACUGCUGGUGUCUUUGGUCAUUUUGUUUUUAAACAUUGCAUUUAGUAAUGCUUAUAUUGAUUCCUGGAUUGAGGAGUAUAAAAGAAACAGAACUGGCAAUUCCAGUUCACAGGAAUCUUUAUACUUGUCCCGGCGUUUUUUAUUCAGCUACAUGAUAUUCAUCAUCAUACCCUUCACCAUGUCGCUGACCACUUUCCUCCUACUCAUCUUCUCCCUGUGGAGGCAUCUCAGGAAGAUGCAGCUGAGGGCCAUGGGGCCCAGAGAUGCCAGCACCGCGGCCCACCUACAAGGUUUGCAGACUGUGUUUGCCUUCCUCCUGUUUUAUGCAAUUUUCUUUCUGUCCCUUGUCAUACAAAUUCUUAUUUCUUGGUUGCAGGCAAAAAAUGUGGUCACUAUGGCUGCCCACAUUUUCACAAUGACUUUCCCUUCAUGCCAUUCGUACAUCCUGAUUGUCCGAACCAAGAAGCUGAGACAGGCUUCUCUGUCUAUAUUAUGGUCCCUGAAAUGUAGCUUCAAAGAUAAAGGAUGCUCAUUUCUUUCUGCCAUUUAG